AUGAACUCUUCUUUCGAUAAGGUGCCAUUAGAAAUCAGCGAUAUGAUAAUUGACUCGGUUGCGCAGGAUGACGACGGAAAGUGCACUAACCUCAAAAACUGUUCAAUGGCUUGUAAAGGUUUUCUUCCUCGCUGCCGGAAACACAUCUUCACUUCUAUUGAGGUUACCACUCGAAACCUCGUACGAUUUGUCGAACUCGUUGAUAACUCGCCGAGGAUUGCAUUGUGUAUCCGGAGUCUCAGCUUCUUUGUUGAUUUGGACGCUUUCAACAAAAUUCCUUCAAUUUCACUUCAGUAUAUCACGAAUAUACGACUUUUAUCGGUGCAAGUUGCGUGUGGGGAGGAAGAAAGUAUGUGGACACGUGUUAACCCACCAGUCCGUUCUGCAGUCCUGCGCCUCAUGUGUCUACCAACCCUCUCAGCUCUUGGCCUCUGCUGCAUAACAGGGAUUCCUCCUUCCUGUUUUGUGUCAUGUCAUAACCUAGAGUGUUAUGUUCACGCUGUCGAAUUCGGUUACGAUGAGUACGAUACACCGGUAACUAUUUCACCAUCGGCAACGUCUAAAUCUACGAAUGCUAUAAAAUUACGCAGGCUUGUUCUUGUUGGCUAUGUCGAUAACUUGAUCAGCACUUAUCAGAGAGGCAAAAUGAUUGGCAGGCCCUUGUUUGAUUUGAGUGGCCUAGAACAAGUCACAUUCCAUCUGUCGGAUUUGGAGCAAUUUCUCAAUAUUGACCAACUCCUUUAUGAUUCGCACAACUUGGAAACUGUGCAAAUCUGUAUGGAAAAUAUAUCCAUGUUGAACUGUAUCGAAUCCUUUGUGGGCAUUUUCCUGCCGUCCUUGAAAAAUCUUCACAUUCACAUAAGCUCCUUAUCCCUGAUAUCCUCUGGAGUCGACACCAUAUCUCUUCUUUGCCAACAGAUUCAGACAAUUGCGCAUGACAACGUCAUCCAAUAUCUGAGCCUAAACCUCCUCGCUGACCACAAUCUCGGUCUUCGCUUGGAGGAAUUUCAAUGGGAUGCAUUUGACCAAGUUCUCCUCGCCCCCAAUCAAUGGCUGUCUUUGGAGCAAUUUGAUCUUUGGGUGUAUGUAAAUUACUCUGCGGAGCAUCCAGUCGACAAGCCAGCCUUCGAGAAACUCGUGGAGAAUGUCCGGGCUUCCAAGAUAUCUAAUCUGAUAUCAAACAAGUUGUUCAAGUUUAGAGCUUUCUUUGAUCCUGACCCCCAGGAUCAUUACACGUAUUUUGGCGCAUAG